AUGGCCGCCGCUAAGCCCCAUGUCCCGAUCGUGAAGAAGCGCACUGCGACCUUCAAGCGCUUCCAGUCUGACCGCUUCAUGCGUGUUGGUGAGUCGUGGAGGAAGCCCAAGGGUAUCGACAACCGUCAGCGUCGUCGUUUCAAGGGUACCGCUGCCAUGCCCAAGAUUGGUUACGGAAACAACAAGAAGACCAGGCACAUGAUGCCCUCUGGUCACAAGGCUUUCCUUGUCCGCAACGUUGCCGACGUCGAGCUCCUCUUGAUGCACAACAGGACCUUCGCUGCUGAGAUCGCCUCCAACGUUUCUUCCCGCAAGAGGAUCGCCAUCAUCGAGAAGGCUCGCGCUUUGAACGUUAAGGUCACCAACGGUCAGGCUAAGGUCCGCUCUGAGGAGUAA